AGAACUAGAAGACAGCGGAAGAUAUAUAUCCGAUAUGGGAUGCCGAAAUCAAAUCUCUGUUUUCGCCAUUUCUCCAUCUUCUGUUCAUAAGAAGAAAACGGAGUUGGGAUUUGAUCAAGAAUCAGGAUAUGGCUCAAUCCAAGUCCCAGAAAGCUGUUCUACUGCUCUGCGGCGACUACAUGGAAGACUCUGAGGCCAUGGUCCCAUUUCAAGCGCUCCAGGCAUAUGGAGUUUCAGUGGACGCAGUUUGUCCGGGGAAGAAGGCAGGCGAUAUCUGUCGCACUGCCAUUCAUGACUCCCUGGGUCAUCAGACUUACUCAGAAUCUAGCGGCCAUAAUUUCGCUCUGAAUGCAACGUUUGAUGAAAUUGAUUUUAUGAAAUAUGAUGGGUUGGUGAUUCCGGGAGGGCGAGCACCGGAAUAUCUUGCUGUAGAUGGCUCUGUGGUGAAUUUGGUGAGAAAAUUUUCCGAGGUUGGGAAGCCAAUUGCGUCUGUGUGCCAUGGACAAUUGAUUUUGGCUGCUGCAGGGUUGGUUGGAGGUCGGAAGUGUACAGCAUACCCUCCUGUGAAACCUGUGUUGAUUGCUGCUGGUGCUUCUUGGAUUGAGCCGGAGAGUAUGGCAGCAUGUGUUGUUGAUGGUAAUAUCAUUACUGGUGCCACAUAUGAGGGGCAUCCUGAGUUCAUUCAGCUUUUUGUCAAGGCACUUGGAGGAAAUAUCAGUGGAUCAGAUAAGAGGAUUCUAUUCCUUUGUGGGGAUUACAUGGAGGACUACGAGGUAACUGUUCCUUUUCAAUCCCUUCAAGCUCUUGGUUGCCAUGUUGAUGCAGUUUGUCCCGAGAAAAAGGCUGGUGAUCGCUGCCCGACUGCUGUCCAUGAUUUUGAAGGUGACCAAACUUACAGUGAGAAGCCAGGCCAUAAUUUUAAGUUAACUGCUGAUUUUGAAGGCUUAGAUGCAUCAAGCUAUGAUGCUCUUGUAAUCCCUGGUGGUCGAGCACCAGAGUAUUUGGCCCUGAAUGCACGAGUUAUUGCAAUUGUGAAGGAGUUUAUGGAGGCUAGGAAGCCAGUUGCUUCUAUUUGCCAUGGACAACAGAUCUUAUCUGCUGCUGGUGUUCUUCAGGGGAAGAAAUGCACGGCUUACCCAGCCGUGAAGCUGAAUGUGGAAUUGGCUGGAGCAACGUGGAUGGAACCCGAUCCAAUAGACCGAUGCUUCACAGAUGGAAAUCUGGUCACUGGAGCAGCCUGGCCUGGCCAUCCUCAGUUCAUCUCUCAGUUGAUGACACUUUUGGGUAUUCGAGUGGCAUUUUGAUCAGAGUUUUAACUAGGUGAGUUCAUGUAUCUACUCGUUACGUUCGUAUGUCGGUAUAAACAUGGGGGAAAAGGGCAAUAAUAGACAUAGCAGAAUGUUUCUGUUUUGGAUAUAACAACACUUUUGCUUUUCCUAUAAAUGAUGUGUUGUAUCUUAUGUUCCUGUGGAUCUGUGUUCUUAAGCUUAGUAGAUAAAUAUGUUGUGAAA